GAGUCCCAGAAUUCCGCACGGGAGGCUUUAUACCCGUGGCGGUUCGGCGGCCGGUGGUGCCGAGUCGACGAAGCCAGAUUUUACUUUUUAUUGUUGGCGAUGUCCAUUAUCUUGUCUGCCUCAGUGGUCCGUGUGAGAGAUGGACUCCCUUUAUCUGCUUCUACUGAUUAUGAGCAAAACACAGCUGUACAGGAAUGCCGAAAGUACUUUAAAGGUCUUGCAAAGAGACUCACAGAGCUUCCAGACCGAUGCACCUUACAAGCAGGAAAGUAUAACAUAAACUUUAUUAGUUCCCUGGGAGUGAGUUACAUGAUGCUCUGCACUGAAAAUUACCCCAACGUCCUUGCCUUCUGCUUCCUGGAUGAGCUUCAAAAGGAGUUCAUUACUACAUACAACAUGAUGAAGACAAAUACGGCCGUCAGACCUUACUGCUUCAUUGAAUUUGAUAAUUUUAUUCAGAGGACCAAACAAAGAUACAACAAUCCACGCUCUCUGUCUACAAGGAUAAAUCUUGCUGACAUGCAAACAGAAAUUAGACUGAGACCACCUUACCAGAUUUCCCUGUCAGAACUCUGUUCAGCCAAUGGAUACCCAUACGGAUCCCUGCAAGAAAGCAAAGAUACAAGAAAAUUGUCUCCAGCCCCUCACCAACGACUGGAACCUGUGACACUACCGGGAAUUGUUUCCUUUCUUCUUAGCCUUUUAUGUGCUGCUUUGAAUUUAAUUCGUGGUUUUCAUGCUAUAGAGAGUCUUCUACAGAAUGAAGAAGAUGACUUCAGUUUUGUUAUUGCCUUUUUCCUCGGCACAGCAGCUUGUUUAUAUCAGUGCUAUCUGUUUGCAUAUUGCACGAGCUGGCGGAACAUCAAAUCUUUCCUAACGUUUGGCUUAAUCUGUUUGUGUAAUAUGUACCUUUACGAAUUGCGCAAUCUCUGGCAGAUCUUUUUUCAUGUGACUGUGGGUGCUUUUUUAACGUUACAAAUCCGGCUAAGGCAGCCACAAGGGAAAGCUCCUGAUUACAAUGUGUGAUGGAUGUCCUCUGAUAGUUUUACGGCAAACUUCAUCCGAACAGUAUCCUUCUCAGGAAUGAAAAGCUUUGCUGUACGAAGAGAAGUUCCAUGUACUUUAAGGCACUAAUAAGUCGGCAGUGAAAUUCUUCCUCAAACAAUUAAAAAAAAAAAAAAAGGUUCAGGAACUAAUUGAGGUACAAACGCAAUCCAAUGCUGGAGAAUAUACCCCAAGGAUAAAUGAGAAUUUGGAGGGUAGCAUGAAAAGCUCCAUAUUCAGAACUCUGACAACGACAAGCAUCUGUAUUGGACCUGCUCGGCAUAUUAAGUGAUUUCUCCAGUCCCAAACCAGUUUUGCCUUUUGUGAGGCAAGAGAAAAGGCUGAAAUAAAGGGAUGGUAUUGCAUAUUAACAAACAGUUCGGUAUGAAUGAAUUCCUAAAUGUCAGAUUAUUGGAUUGCACAUAAAUUUAAUGGUGUGUGUCUGCAUUUUCCUUAAUUAAAACCUAACCCGGAAACCAUCUGUUCCUGGGGAUUAGUUCUUGAGCCCCAAAGGCCUGCCAUCUAAUGCUGAGUUAAUUAUGAACUGCAUUAGUACUUCUGUUCCUUCUGCCUUCUUUCAUGGGCUUUGAGAGGGAGUUAGAAAAUGAUCUUAUCUGCCCCAAUGCAUCAAUAACAUCAUCACAUUUUCUCUUUGGUUCGUUAUCUAAAAUUUGAAGAUUAAAAAAAAAAAUCACUUUGUGAUGAUAUAGUGGGAGGAGACAGACAUUUUCUCUAUAUAAUAUAAAAUCAGAAAAUGAAUUAAAACAGUUGUCUAGAUGGGAUGCAGGCUAAUUUUUAACCAUUUCUCUAUCUUAUGAAAGUAUUUGGAGUGGAAGAAACAGCUUUGGAUCAUUGCAAUUUAUUUAUUUAUGUUAUAACAGACUAUAACAUUGACAGGGCUCUAGGCAGUGCGUUAAUCCGCCUUUCUCAUGAAUUGCAUGGCUUGGUCAGAGAGAGCAUGGCUUGUCCAAUGUCACCCAGAUGAUUGCUGAGCCUAAAGAUGGACUAACAUCUGGUCUUCUUGCUAGAUCACUGUGGCUAUCAUUGCCAACGUAUAAACUGCAAGGGGAACCCCCUGUGCUAAUUAACUUGUGCGUUCCCUAUAGAGAGGGUACAAAUAAUACGAUAAGAUGGAGGCUACAGCUAUUUUUUCCCCAAACACAGAGUUUAGGCAAAAAGUAGGCCUUGGCAUUUAAAAAGAUGAGUGCUAAGAGCUGAAUUCCAGAUGAAAUUAGAAAUCAUUAAAGUUCACUGAAAUCAAUAGAGGACCUUAAAGUUCAUUUGAGAUAUUAUCUCUGACAUGCGGGAAUGCAAGAACUGUUCAGAUUUCUUAGCCUCUGAGUGAUACUAAUUUCUUAGUUUCUCUGGUUGAAUUCUGUUGCAGAAUAGAGUAAGACAGUGGUUCUCCACCUGUGGUCCGCGGACCGUUGGAGGGUCACGAUGCCAUCAUGGGGGAGUCCCCAAAGGCUUGAAGGAAUAUUACAAUUUAAAUCUUGAAUUAAGUGUUGGGGGAUACGUAGCCACAAAAGAUACUUUAAGGAGAUCCAUGGUGAAGAAAAGGUUGAGAAUCACUGGAGUAAAAUCAUAUUGUCAACAUUGGAAGAGCUGGACAAAAUUUG